AUGGGCGCUUCAUUGCAGGUCACUAAUUUGGCACAGCAAGAUAAACUGAUGCGCAAGUUUCCGUUGGAAUGCCGUUUGAAUGGUCCAGAACGGAUACAGUCCUCGGGAUGCUUCCGUGCACAGUUCCAAGGUCAUACCGCUUUGGAUCAACGGAAAGUCAUCGAUGAGUUACAACGAACAAAAGCUACCGAAGAAGUCACUUACGAUAUAGAUCCGUUUCAGUACCGCUUCCUCCAUUAUCCAAAGAAACAACAUGGAACUUCGACCAAGAAUGAUAAACAUAAGCGAUUUCCAUCCGUACUGUGUAUGUCGAUGGUUUAUUGGAAGCCUGAAACAUGGACGUCUUAG